GGCCGAGCACUGGUUCGCCGAGGCGCAGGCCGGCAUCGCCGAGCGGCUACGCUACCACCGCACGGAGGGCAGCGCACGCAACGUCGUCAUGUUCAUUGGAGACGGCAUGUCCGUGCCCACGCUGGCCGCUGCGCGCACGCUGCUGGGCCAACGCAACGACAGGCCCGGCGAGGAGGCCAAGCUGUCCUUCGAGAAGUUCCCCACCGCUGGCCUCAGUAAGACGUAUUGCGUAGACCAGCAAAUCGCUGAUUCGGCCUGCUCGGCCACGGCGUACCUGUGCGGCGUGAAGGCGAACGAAGGCACGAUCGGCGUGACGGCGGCCGUGGAGCGCCGCGACUGCGCCGCCUCGCUGCGUCCUGACGCGCGCCUCGACUCAAUCGCCGCCUGGGCGCUGGCCGACGGCCGGGACGCUGGUAUCGUUACGACUACGCGAGUGACUCACGCGUCUCCCGCUGGCGUGUUCGCUAAAAUCGCAAAUCGCGAUUGGGAAAACGACGAUUCAGUCCGCAGAGCCGGUCACGACCCUGCUAGAUGUCCCGACAUUGCUCAGCAGCUGGUGCACGAGAAACCUGGAAAUCAGUUUAAGGUUAUAUUAGGCGGCGGAAGACGAGAGUUCUUAUCGCAGGGCACGCUCGACGAGGAAGGAGGCGCAGGGCUGCGCACGGAUGGGCGCAACCUCAUCGAGGAGUGGCAGCAGGACAAGCGCGCCCGCAACGCCAGCCAGCGCUACGUGUGGAACCGCUCACAGCUGCUGGCCGCGCAGGCCGACCCGCCCGACUACCUGCUGGGCCUGUUCGAGCCCAGCCACAUGCAGUACCAUCUGGAGGCCGACCCUGCCACCGAGCCGACGCUCGCCGAGAUGACCGAGACGGCCAUUCGUCUGCUGAGCCGCAACGAGAGGGGCUUCUUCCUGUUCGUGGAGGGCGGGCGCAUCGACCACGCUCACCACGACAACUACGCGGAGUUGGCGCUCGACGAGACCAUCGAGCUGAGCGAGGCCGUGGCGCGCGCCGCCACGCUGCUGCCCGAGCGUGACUCGCUGCUCGUCGUCACCGCCGACCACGCGCACGUCAUGGCCUUCAACGGGUACACGGGCCGCGGGUCGGACAUCCUGGGCGUGUCGGACAGCCGGGACCGCGACCAGGUGCCGUACAUGACGCUGUCGUACACCAACGGGCCGGGCCACCGCGCGCAGCCCGACGGCCGCCGCGCUGACGUCACCGCCGAGCCCGACUUCCGCGCGCUGCACUGGCGCUCGCACGUGGAGGUGCCGCUGAGCUCGGAGACGCACGGCGGCGACGACGUGGCCGUGUUCGCGCGCGGGCCGCAACACGCGCUGUUCUCGGGCGUGUAUGAGCAGAGCCAGCUGCCGCACCUCAUGGGCUACGCGGCGUGCCUGGGCCCCGGCGCGCGCGCCUGCCCCGCAUCCGCCGCGCCGCCCGCCGCCGCCCCGCUGCUACUGCUGCUCGCCCUGCUCAACCUCGCUCACCGCCUCUAG